AUGGUGAAGCUAACAAUAGUUGGAAGGGUGUGCGAUGGGUUGCCUCUAGCCCAAGGUCAAAGAUAUGUCAAUGAAAAGAAUGACAACUUCUCAAGUUACAAGCAACAAGGAGAGUUCAUACUAGAAGAAAUCUCAAGAGGAACCUUGCCACUCUCAACGAUGACCAUUAGUGUCGAUCAACACUGUUUCAACUAUAUGGUUGAGAAUGGAGUUUGCUUCAUUACACUCUGUGAUUCCUCAUAUCCAAUAAAGCUAGCCUUCCACUAUUUACAAGAUUUGCAAAGGGAGUUUGAGAAGUUUGAUAUGACCCUCUUGGAGAAAAUUACAAAACCAUACAGUUUUGUUAGAUUUGAUGGCAUUAUUAGCAGUACUAGAAGACAAUACAUAGAUACAAGGACACAGGCAAAUCUAUCAAAGCUAAGUGCUAAUCGUCGACAGGAACUAGAUAUUGUUACAGAACAUAUAUCUGAAAUAUUUGAAAGAAGACGAAGAACGGAGAUGCUGGAAAUGAUGAUGGAAGCGCCUCGAAAUGUAUCUCCAGUCUGGGGUUCCAAAAGUCUUGAGGUUAUUGCAUUGAAAUGGACUCCAAUUUCAAUUAUUCUCAUGGUAGCUGCAGUUCUUCUAUGGACCAGGGAUGUAUAUUGGCUUCCACUGUCCAUGUGAAUAAACUUGGUGUUAUGAGUUAUGUUGUCUGGGGGUCAUAGAACAAUCAAGGAGAAGACGAGCUUCAGGCGAAUUCUGGGAUUCAAGUUUGUGCAAAUUACUGCUGAUUUUUAAAAGCCUCUGCUAAAGUCAUUUUGUAUCUCCCCUGUAAAUAUUAUUAGUCUAUUUUACAUUGCAGUCAAUGACUUUAGUUUUUUUUGUAAUACUUUAUAACUUCAACAUAGCAGUUACCAUAUCUGCAGAUUCGUAAGCAUGGUCUGAGGCAGUGAAAUGUGGC